AUGGCUCUAUAUGAGUAUUUAAAUCCAGGUGUCAAUGGAAAAAAUAUUAAAUACUGGUUGUCAGGCCAAGAAGAUUCCCAAAAGGCUGCAGUUGGUAACUUAGUUAAGCAAGGAAGGCCAAGGACUUUGUUACCUCUAGAAGAAUUUUUCCUGGCAAUGUGCAGACUGAGGCAAGGUUUUGCUGAGGUUCAUCUUGCACACUUGUUUAAAGUAUCACAGUCUACUGUAAGUAGAAUAUUUAUUUCUUGGAUUAAUUUUAUGUAUUUGAAACUUGGCCAGAUCAAUAUCUGGCCCUCCAGAAAAGCUGUGGAUGAUUCUACGCCUGAGGCCUUUAAAGAGAAGUACCCCAGUACAAGAGUGAUAAAUAACUGCACAGAGGUGUGCUGCCAACUGCUAAGCAGCCUUUUGUUGAACAGUGAGCUAUUUAGCUCGUACAAGAGUCACACCACUCUGAAAGGACUAAUUGGAAUUUCCCCUAAAGGGUCAAUAACAUUCAUUGGACAGCUAUGCACUGGCAGUAUAUCUGAUAAAGAAAUAGUGGAACGCAGUGGUUUUUUGAAACUACCCUUUGAAAAUGGAGACUGUGUAAUGGCCGACAAGGGUUUUACAAUUGAAGAUGUGCUUCCCCUGGGAGUGACCCUUAAUAUCCCCCCAUUCCUUGGAAUGUCUGAUCAAAUGUCUGCUGAAGAUGUUAUCAAAACACAGGAAAUUGCAAGUUUGCAUAUCCAUGUUGAAAGGUCCAUCAACAAAGUAAAGAACUUUUUAAUAUUUGACGGGGUUAUGCCAUUAAGCCAGUUUGGAAUAGUAAAUCAAAUGUGGUGUGUGUGCUAUGCUUUGUAA